AUGUCUCCAAUCGCCAAGUUGGCCUUCCGGCCGUCAAGGUGUGGACCGCCUAAAAUCUUUCCUGUGUAUUCUCCCCUUACAAAUAUUGACAUGAAACAAUUAGAAAAUUUAACUUUGCCACCGGUUGACUUCACCAAAGUUCCAGUCAGACCAUUUCGAUGGUCAGUUGCAAGCGGCGAAACGUCACUUCCAGCUGUUGAAGAAUGGUUGGCAGAUGUCUUUUGGUUAGUGAUAAAAACCCUAGACAAAAUAUUACAUUUUAAAGACAAGAUAUUUUCUUGGACCUACAUUGACCACUUUGCUGAAUAUGGUGGAUUGAUUGAAUUUCUACGCCGAGCCAUUGUUGUUAGUGCUGAAGAAGAUACGGAUGGGAAAAAAACUAUAUUUAUAUUAGACUUGAUGGUACCGUUAAGUGUGACCCUAGAUCGCAUUCCUGAAGUUAAUGCCAUAGGUCUCCCGAUUAAACCACUGAAAGGACUUUGCUGCACUCCAGUCAAGUACACCGAGUCGGAUGCAUGA